UUAAACCUUAGCAGCGAUGCAGACAUUGAAUUCUUUUGAUUAUCUUUUUGCCGUUCGUAGUUUUAUUGUGUCGAGGAUCAUUCAACCCGAGAGAACCAAAAAAUGUUUAGUUAUAUUCUAUCAUGCACGCUCCUAUUCUGGACAUGCUCGGUGCUUACCCAAGGUCAGACCAAGUAAUGUAUUUGUGUAACAUUUUUGCGCUUCCACGAGCUUAGUUAGCGGCGUUUAACUAAAUGGACUUAAAUUAUGGUAUUCUUAAGUUAAAAGGCGAAUAUAAUUUAAAACCUUUAUCAAUGGUGGUGCUGUGAACAACUACAAAGCAAAACAUUAACAUUUUAAAAUCCUUUAUAUUAACUUCGCUUUUGUUCGUGGCUGGCAAAAAUCUUCGGACGGCUAACUGACCCAUAUCCCGUCAACCUAUCGAGCUGAAACUCGGCACAUAGACUCGUUGCCGAUGACAACACAUUAUUUCAAAUUUUUCAGUUGAAAAUUUCUGUUUGUAACAUGUUUAUGUUCUUUUGUUACUGGCACCAUUUCAACAAUUUGACAACAUUUGAACCACCGGCCGAUUUUUACCUCAUUGAUCAUCACAAGCAGGACGGCGGGGAUAAUAUUUUUUAUGAUUAUUUUUAAAUGAGAAGGGUUGAUUGCGUCGUUUUCUUUCAGCUGCCACCGAAGACUCCGAUUGUGAGACGAAAGUUGGGGGCUCGUGUAUCUUCAAGGCUGCGGCCAUAGCCUGUUUUCACGAGGUCAACGUCUCUUGCGGAAGUGACAACUUUUUCUGUUGUAAGUGGACAUUGGACGUCAGAGGUAAGCUUCCGCUGUUAAGUCUUAUGUCAAAGCCAGAGCCGUCGCGUGCGGGCCCUGCGACAGUCGGGAAGGCUCGGACAUUUAAGGGGUGCUAAGCCGUGAUGUAGAAAAAAUAUAGUUUAUAUAGACAUAUCAACUUUGAAUCUGUUGGGGGCACAAAAGUGAAAAGUGGCUAGAGGCCCCCCAAAAGUCACGCCACGCGACAGCUCUGAUCAAAGCUAUUACUUUUUUUUUUUUUUGUUUGCUGGCAUCCGUCCGUCCCAAUGUGACGAUGGUGUAGACUUCGCAAGACGAAACCCACAAGGCCUGGGAUUAUUCUUAUCUUUUUAAGAUUAUGAGCUGGUUCCCUACACAGCAAAUCACCUCUCUCCACGCCGCUGGAUAACCCCAGCGAACAUCUUAUGUGGAUGAUACAGCUUGGCACCAGUGGUAUGGCAGGAGUUGUCGGAAUGUUUCAUUGUGUCAAAUUUAGAGUUUAACCUUAAUGUAUAUAAUAAUAAGGUUAUAUAAAGUCCUUAAAUCUAUCUAUAAGAAUGGCCAGCUUGGUAUGAUGUUAUCUGUUAUUCUAGCGCCAUCUUUAAGUAAUACAAUAUUCGUCAAAAAAGGUAGACGACUAAAAUUGAAAUCAUUUUCUUUGCAGAUACGAUGAAGCGCCAGGUCCAAGAGCCCUCGGCGCUGCCAUGUUAUGAACAAGGUGGGGCUUGUCUGUCCGUGAUGUCCAUGAUCCACUGUCCGCAAAAACUCACGGGUUCCUGUGACAGCUCCUCUCACUACUGCUGCAAGCUUCAUAACACUAGUAGGUCAUCUUAAGGUUAGACCAUGAGACCACUGGUUCCUAAACUUUAUAGACUUCCAAUACCAAUUGCUGCAUUCCGUUUGACCAAAGGUGUCCAAUGUCAUACCGGUAUUACACAUUUUUGUUUUGUUUUUGCAGUUGAAGGCAACUUUGAGUGAGAAGCCGUUUUUAUAUAUUACACUUAUAUCUAUUGCUAAGAAAAUAUUUUGGCAGCCGCAAAGACGGGCGGACUAUUUAAAUGGAGACGCGGGUCGCCGAUCACUCGGCUUAAAAAUAAAUAAGAUACAUUUUUUAAGGAUCACAAAGCGGCCUCUACUUCUAGUAACCGUAUUAAGAGGCUCAUGUCAAAGAGUUAUUACUUAGUGAGUUACUGGUUUGCACCAGGGGCCCUAGAUGACGCGUCCUAUCAUCACUCUGAAAUAAAGGCAGAAAGAAAUUAUGAUAAUGAUCUACUGAUUAGUGGCGCACUUUCGAGGGACCCGCGGCUCAUGGUUUAGGGAACCACUGGUUAAGAUAAUACAACAGUGACACCACCAAGUUUAAUUUUAAAAGAAGAUGAUGGCAGAGUUACGUCCGACUGUCCCUGAGUGUGUUUAACUAAGAAUGCUGGCAUGUGUGACUAAUUCCCCACUUGUUGAUGUAUUAAUGGAACUAUGACGUGUAUGACCAUGUUUCAUUUCCCACCAGAUGCCAUACUGGCUCCUCGUGCCCAACCGUCAUGUGACAGCCAAGAUGGUGGACAGUGCCUCUCUACAUUCUCCAGGAUAUUUUGUCCUCAAAAGCUGGAUGCCACGUGCUCUGGUGCUAACAUGUACUGCUGUAAACUGGGUUGACAAGGCCUGGUGUUGUUCUGGGUUGAAGAGGCCUGUUAUUGUCUUCUACAUGUUGUAGUGAAUCUUAAGAGAUUUCUGUAGACUAUUGCUAUGAAAGUUGUGUAUGACCUGACUUGAGCUAACUCUCAAAAGUUAAUCCUGGGAAAAGAUGCCUGAAUACAUGAUGAAUAACAUAAAAUAUUGCAUCCUGUCGAUUUAAUUAAUAGAGAGAGCUUCCUGAUAUUAUGCGCAAGUGUUGGUCAGGGGUUCUUAAACUAUUCUGAGGGUGGAAACAAAAGUUGAAAUCAUUAGAUGAAAAUGAUUAUUAACGAUAAUAUUAAUAAUAUAUCAAUUUUGACAUUAUAGAUAGUAGAUGUAACAGAACUACUGAAAUGAUCAGAUACCACAGAUUGCACAUGCAAAAAGGUGUAGAAAACAUGUUGUGUAGGGUAAGGGGCGUCUUUGAUACACUUCCAAGUUAAAAUAUCAAGUGACAGCAACACUAGCAGUAGCACAGAGCCCUUGAGGAGCACCUCUGAGACUGUCUCGAUAACCUCCACAUCUCUGUUCAUAAUUCACUAACAAUCCUUCUUUUCUUCUUUCCAUUUUAACACAUUAAUACUCAGUAUCUUUAAUAUGCGACUUUUUCAAAUACUUUUCCAUUUGCUGGUUAAGUAAUCCCCAAGAACAAGCGCACUAUCUAAUUUCUAAACCAGCCUGUGGUAGUCAAAGCAGGCUUGUAACUUGUAGAACAGCUUAUUUCAG